UCCUGAAAGCGCCAUUUCCUGGAGGUAGAAGCAAGAAGCCGCUGCCAAGACUUGGAGAAGGAAGUCGCGGCGGCCGAAGGAGGGAGCUCCGCGCCGGGCCAAGCUCAACUCGCUCGGCGGGCCCGAUGAACUCAGUGCACUGCGGGAAGGAGGCCGGCAGAGGGGGACCUUCUCGACUUGUUGGCCACAAGCUCAGGGAAAGGGAACAGAGCCGCCGGCCGAGCCGGCGCUGGUGGGGUGCCUGGCGCUGCCAUCUCCAGCCGCUUCUUCUUUUCCCGGCUUGCCGGGCGCGAACGCGUGGGCGCCGAGCCCCUUUUCGUGCCCAGAGCGAGGGGGCGCGGACCGCCAGCUUCUCUUUCAGGGAAGGGGCGUCGUUGGUUUUCCUCCCCCUUUCCCCGCUCCCUUGUUGCUUUGCCGCCCGCCCGGUCUCCCUUUCCCCCUUUCCCUCGCCUUCCUUUCCUCCCCGACUUUGAAUUUUUGGGUCCGAGGCGAGACGAGCGCUUUGGAGGUCGCAAGGAGGAUGGUGAUAAAGAUGAUGAGGGGGAAGAGAUGGAGAUGAAGAAGACUAUGCAGAUGCGGGGACUCCUGUUGCUGUUGCCGGCACUAUGGGCUCUGUUUUCGCGGGACUUCAGGGCUGUCACAGAAGCAAAAAGGGUUGGAAUACCAAUCAAACUGACCGUGUCUCAGGGGCAGCCAGUGAAGCUGAACUGCAGCCUGGAGGGAAUGGAAGAACCAGAGAUGCUGUGGAUCAAAGAUGGAGCUGUGGUGCAGGGUAUAGACCAGGUAUACAUUCCAGUAAAUGAAGAACACUGGAUAGGCUUCCUCAGCUUGAAGUCUGUAGAUCGGACAGAUUCUGGAAAAUACUGGUGCCAAGUGGAGACCAAUGGGAAGAAAGAGGAAUCACAGCAUGUAUGGCUUAUUGUGGAAGGUGUUCCCUAUUUCACUGUUGAGCCAAAAGACCAGUCAGUCAUCCCUGGUAGGCCUUUCCAGAUGGCCUGUGCUGCAGUAGGACCACCUGAGCCAGUGACAAUUGUCUGGUGGAUGGGUGAUUCUAGGCUUGGACAUCCAGACAUCUCUCCCUCCAUUCUAAAUGUGCCAGGCAUUAAUCAAAGCACAGUUUUCUCCUGUGAAGCCCAUAACAUAAAGGGAUUAUCUUCAUCUCGGACGGCCAUUGUACAGAUUAAAGCAAUUCCUUUUCCACCUCUCAAUGUGACAGUCACUAAGAUCACCAGCAACAAUGCCAGUGUCACUUGGCAAUCUGGAUUCGAUGGCCUUUCUCCCCUACACACUUGUACGGUACAGCAGGUGGCUGAGCUGCAGGAUGAGGUGGUCACCGAAGUUUUCUCUGUCCCUCCCUUUACACGGGCUUUGCCAGGUUUAAAGCACGCCACCAAUUACAGUGUUCGAGUUCAGUGUUCUAAUGAGAUGGGCAGCUCUCCUUUUUCAGAUUGGGUCUAUUUUCAGACCUUGGGAUUAGCUCCAAAUUGUACUCCACAAAAUGUACGCAUUAUCCAAAGAGAUUCUUGUCUGAUUUUGGAAUGGGAAGCAGUAGCUCCAGCAAUGUUUGGGGAGAAUACCUUAGGAUACAGGUUGGAGUGGAGCCAAGAUAACAUAACUCAGGGGGAAUUGAUUGUGAAGGAAGCAAGAGCUAACCUUUCUAUGUGGAAUCCCUUAAAAGACCUUCUAAUCAAGGUCUGUAUACUCAGUUCAGCCGGCUGUGGACCCUGGAGUGAGCCCUUACUGCUUACAUCCCAAGAUUUAAUAGGGGGGCAAAGGCAGCCUCUUUAUGGAACAUCCUGGGUUCCUGUGGUUUUAGGAAUUCUAACUGCACUGGUUACAGCAGUUGCCUUAGCCCUAAUUCUUCUACGGAGAAGAAGAAAAGAAACUCGAUUUGGUCAAGCCUUUGGCAGUGUGGUUGGAGGUGAUCCUGUAGUCCAUUUCAGAGCAGUGCGAUCAUUCAACCGAGUCCCAGAGCUUAUUGAAGUAACGUUGGAUAGUAUAGGAAUCAGUGAUGAAUUGAAGACCAAAUUGAAAGAUGUCCUAAUCCAGGAACAACAGUUUACUCUGGGAAGAAUGCUAGGCAAGGGGGAAUUUGGUUCCGUCAGGGAGGGUCAAUUGAAAAUGCCUGAUGGCUCUCUCCAGAAAGUAGCAGUGAAAAUGCUAAAAGCUGACAUCUUCACUUCCAAUGACAUAGAGGAGUUUUUGAAAGAAGCUGCUUGCAUGAAGGAGUUUAACCAUCCACACAUUACUAAAUUAAUAGGGGUCAGUUUGCGUAAUCGGCCUAAAGGUCGCCUUCCAAUCCCAAUGGUUGUCCUACCCUUCAUGAAGCAUGGAGACCUUCACUCUUUUCUACUAAUGUCCAGGAUUGGAGAAAACCCCUUUAGUUUGCCACUUCAGACCCUCUUAAAGUUUAUGAUUCACAUUGCUAGUGGCAUGGAAUACCUGAGCUCCAAAAACUUUAUACAUAGGGAUCUAGCUGCUCGGAACUGCAUGCUGGAUGAAAACAUGAACGUCUGUGUUGCUGAUUUCGGGCUUUCAAAAAAAAUCUAUAGUGGAGAUUAUUACCGUCAGGGCUCUGCCUCAAAGCUGCCAGUGAAGUGGCUUGCAUUGGAAAGUCUGGCGGACAAUCUCUACACAACUCAUAGCGAUGUGUGGGCAUUUGGUGUGACUAUGUGGGAAAUUGUGACCCGAGGGCAAACUCCAUAUGCAGGCAUUGAAAAUGCAGAAAUUUACAACUACCUCAUCAGUGGAAACAGACUGAAGCAGCCCCCAGAGUGCCUCGAAGAUAUCUACGAUCUCAUGUGCAGAUGCUGGCAUUUGGAACCCAAGCUACGCCCAAGCUUUGGAGCUCUGAAACUGCAGCUUGAAAUGAUUUUGGCAAGACUGUCAUUGCUUUCAAACAGCCAGGACCCUCUUUAUGUCAAUGUUGGGAGAUCCCAAGAAGCUUGCAGGAGCGAAGUCACCAUGAAUUGCCCUUUUGGAGUCUUGAAUGGGGAAACAGGAGCAAUUGCUGCUGUGACUAGUGACUACCGUUACAUUAUGAACCCGUUGUGCCUUGGAAACGAUGCAGAAAGUGAGAGACAUCAGGAUUUAUCUGACGGAGAAGCCCAGAGCCUUCUUUACGAUCUAGAGAUGGGAGCAAAACUAUGUUAGCCCAAACAAACAAACAAAAACAAAAAAUAGACUUCACUUCUCCCUCCAAUAAGAUGUGUCAAUCUUAUUGUAUCAUCUUAUGGUAUCACCAAACAGAGACGGUUGGAAGCUGCUUUUAACCAACAGAAGUUGUCGUAAUUAAUGUCAGCGGCAUCUGUGGCUUCUGACAGCUGUUUCAGAGCUAACAUCUCAAAUUGACAGAAUCACCUCCUGGCCUUCCGAGAGAAACCCUGCAAUUGUCUGUGAAAUGCAGUGGGGGUGGCCUCUGGACAGCCUGCUGAAUCGCAGUAUUCUCCUUGGGAAUUGGGGUUAAGUACUCUGCAUAUUUUGGGGUGAAGGGUUUGUUUGUUUUUUGCCUCCUAACAGAUAUGGGAGAAGAGGCAUGUGCCACAAACUCUGAACCACGGAUGCUGUCUUUCAGAGCAUGAGAAUCAAAGAGCCUAAUUUAGCAGUAGCUACCUCAGUGGUCCUCAAACUGGGUUCUAGACAGCUGCUUCUCUACAAUGAAGAAAGACUGGGCUUUUUCUCAGAGUGGUGUUUAGUUGGCAGAGGAAAACGCUUCUGGAAAGAUAAGGAAAUUGAACAAGAGCAUUCCGAUUUCCCUCUUUCCCCAGAGGUUCCUGUUUACCUACCUUUUUUUCUUCUUCUUUCUGAUUUGAAUCAUGCAGAUUUCCCCCCCCCCCCAUUUAUAACAAAACUGACCACAUGGGGAGUGGUCAUUUAUGUGAAUAAUGCAAAAAUAAUAGACAUCUGCAUUGGAACAAUUUGGCAUCAAAAUCAAAAUCUUGGACCCAUUUACCUGAUUGUAAUCCCACAAAUUUAGUGGGAUUUACUUAUGAAUAGGUAUUAAAAAUUCUGCAAAAUUCUGUUAGUGGGCACACUUUUUGGCAUAUAGCUUCACUUCCGUUUCUGUCUAGCUACUACAAUGAUGUGGCUGAAAUUGUAGCCUUCUUUUCCCUAUGUAUUCCUUGGGAAUGUGGGGAAGCUAAACCUCCCCAAAAUGAAAAACUAAGUGCUGAGGGGUUUCAUAUGGGUUAUAAGUAUAUAUUGCUUAUAAGUAUAAGCAAUAAUAUUUUAUUGCUAUGAAAACACACACACAAUGUCUAAAUAAAAGGAGGUAAUUCUUUUAAAAAAUAUAUUAAAAUUAUGCAUCUAUUCUGGCACCUUUUCUUUUUUAAAUAAAUAUUAGCCCUGCUAAAUAAAUGAUUGACUGACAUCAAUGGAAUACUUAGGUGUUUUUUUUCCUAAUACAGAGAAAGAGCUGUUUUCAGUUGGAAAGCUUGAGAAUCACUGGCUUGUUAAAUUAAACGUUGUCUUAAAUGCUUUUCAGCUUUUCUGUAAAAAUUAAGUUCCAUGCAUUAUUUUGUGCCUUCAAGUCUUGAUUUCUGAUACAGCUACCUAAUUCAGCAACAUUCCAGUCACAAUAGGAAAGUACUGUAUCAUGUGCUUUCAAAUGAAAUGUCAAUGAAUACAUUUAUUUUUUUCUAGCUACCGUAUUUCAAAUAUAGUAUAAGCCUUAAGGCUUUGGUCCCUAAUGUGAUGCCAGAAGCAGCAAUGUGCCUACCAGUACAUUUCUUAACAUCUCCAAAUAUCUCUACCUUACCUGAUUGUAUUUAUUUACAUUCAUUUAGUAAACGACGAUUGGGAAGCUAGCAUGUUCUAAAACACAGCACCAGCGUUAAAUUUCUAAUAAUAUAGCUGGGCUCUCAAAGUCUCUGACAGCAUUUUGGGAAAUUAAAACGGGCAGUGUCUGCAGCUUUGGGUUUUAUUUUCCUUCUAGUAAAAUAUGUUUGUGACUAACCUCAUUUAUCUUGGCAGCCAUUUGGUGGGAAAGCCUAUAGUAUUAUUUUAAAAUGCUCAUUGAUUUAAAAAGGUUAAAAAGGCUUAAAAUUGUUAGCCAUACUCUCUUUGUUCAUUGCGUUCACCAAAAAUAUUUCUUCUUCACAAUUGUAGAAAAUUAGUAAUCUAGAAUUUCUAUAAAUCUAGCCUUCAAAGAAAUCCUCAUGAGGGACCUUGACAAGGUUCUUUCUACCUAUUAAUUUACCUUUUAAUUAUUUUUUUCAAUCUUUUUUUCACAAAAAUGGGAUGCUUAAAUAUGAUAUGCCUCCAACAAUUAAGAGUGGAAUUAUCAUACUCAAGUCAUAAUACUUAUCUGUGCUGUUCCACCUCUGCUUGAGUUCUUACACAGCCUUUCCCUAUCCCAGCUCUUCAGAUAAAUGUUUAAAUGUGAAUGUUAAAUUCCAUCAUAAGAUAUUGAGCUGGGCUGAUAGAAGAAACUGCAUUCUAUAACAUCUGAAGUGUUGCGAGUUGAAGAAGGCUCCCCCGUUAUCACCUUUCCAUGUAUCUAAGAAAUAGAACCCACCAGAUUCUCUACAGAGAAGACCACGGUUUGGUCUUACUGAGCCAUGAUGGUGCAAUGGUUAGAAUGCAGCAUUGCAGACUAAUUCUGCCCACUUCUAGGAGUUCGAUCCUGACCGGCUCAAGGUUGACUCAACCUUCCAUCUUUCUGAGAUCAGGAAAAUGAGGACCUAGAUUGUUGGCAAUAUGCUGACAUUGUAAACUGCUCAAGAGAGUAUUGUAAAGCAGUGACCCCAAACUUCUGGGCACCAAGGACAGGAUCUGUGGGGGGGGGAAAUUCCCACGGACCAGGGUAUAUGCAUAUGGUUCCAUAUGCUACCUAUAUCCUGCGCAUGUGCAGAUGAAGGUUCACUCAAUCCAAGGUUCAUGCCAGUUCCCAUGGGGGCUGGGGACCUCAGCUGUAAAGCACUAUGGAGCGGUAUAUAAGUCUAAGUACUAUUGCUAUUAGUUAAUUAUGUUACAUUUAGGGGAUAGUAAAAAUGGUCCCUGCAAGAAAAUUGGAAGAGAAACAAUUUAUUAAAAGGCAGAAGCAGUUCUUGGCCUUCCCCUAUUUCUGUUUGUCCUAUGGAAAAAUUUUCUUAACUUCUUCCACCAGAUUCCUUAACAACCACUAUGAACUAUAUUAUAACAUUCAUUUCGUUAUCUGCCUUGUUUGCAUAUUUAGUGGCUUUUUUUUUUUACAUAAAAGCAGGGAAAAGCAAUCCAUCCUGGCCAGAAAGGGCAAUAACAAGGAUGGUUGUUGUCCAAAAGCCUUCUUCACCUGAACAAAAGCUGCGUGUAUGUGUUUGGGAGCGAAGCAAACUGCUCCUAUGCCUUAUUCAACCACAUUCUUUCACUAUAGGGACCUUUCUCCAUGAUUUAGUACACAAUGGAAUAGAAACUUCACGUCAUCACAAUGCAGUGUUAUCAAAAGCAAGUCAUUAAUGUGGUGCAUGGUAAAACGGGGCAUGCUAAUGAUAUAAUUAUGAACAAUAGUCCUGUCAGUGAUGUUAAGGAAUUCUGUAUUUCAUGUUCUGGCUUGACGUGAAAGAGUUGGGAUCAAAUAAUUAUCCUAUGUAGCCCAGUUUCAAAUAUCAUAUUUGCAUCUAAGUCUCAACCAGAAAUAAAUGUUCUGCAAUAGUUUAUGGGUAUUUACUUGAUUGAAUUAAACCUCCCUUAUAUUAAACUUAAAAGAAAUGUAGGAGAGUCUUUAAAACUGCACAGCCACAUCCAGGCUUCCAUUGUAGUGGGUAACAAUAUGACCCCAUUCUACUGUACCUGCUUACUAAGAUCUGAAUGCUUUUCCUUUCUCAAUAGCAGAAAACUAAAACAAAAUAAUGCACAAUGAACAGAUUCUUGCGUGCUCUGGGAAAAGGAGGGGCGGAGGGGUUGAAGCUGUAUUGAUAAAAAACCUUAUGUGAGCACAGAAUCCUGAUAAUAGAGUUGGAAUGAAAUUGGGAUAUGAUUAAACUGACGAUAGAAUAGAGUGGAGAGGAAGUUGUCCAAAGAUUCUCUCCCCUUUUAACAGUUGGUUAGUGCUUUGUUGUAGGUGUAGGAAUUCAGUCUCAAAGAAUUCAAUUGGAUUUACUCUCAGACUCAGAUGCUUGUGGGAGUACAGGUUGUUUCUGUGGCAGCCAUUUGACAAGAACAGCAAAUGUACAUAUAAAAACCUAAUUUUCUGAAGCAUGUAUCUAGUUUUUAUGAUUUUUUAAAAAAAAUAAAAUAUGUAUUG